AUUCACUUUUGAGCUAAAAGUCAAACAAAGUAGUUGGCUUUGUGCUCAAAAAAAACAUUAUAGAAAACUUGAUGUCAAAUACACAUUAAAAGGUCAUACUCAUACACAAUAUCUCAACCCAAAUCCAAUACAAUAUUUUCAUAGCCCUGCCCUGUCCAAUCCAACACACAAUCAUGAAUCUAGAGCUCCCAACACCAUCAACCAAUGAACCUCCCCAACAAAAAUUCUCUCUUCCAGUUGAUUCAGAAAACAAAUCAACAGUCUUCAAAAUACACUCAAUAGCCAAACCUCACAUGCUAGCAUUCCAUCUAUCAUGGUUCUCAUUCUUUGCAUGUUUUGUUUCAAGUUUUGCAGCAGCACCACUUGUUCCUAUAAUCCGCGACAACCUUAAUCUAACAGCAACAGACAUAGGAAAUGCCGGUGUUGCAUCUGUUUCUGGUGCUGUUUUUGCAAGAAUUGCAAUGGGAACAGCUUGUGAUUUAGUUGGACCUCGUCUUGCUUCGGCUUCUCUUAUUCUCUUAACUUCACCGGCUGUUUAUUGUACUUCAAUUAUCAAUUCUGCUACUAGUUUUCUUCUUGUAAGGUUCUUCACUGGUUUUUCUAUAGCCACUUUUGUUUCUACUCAGUUUUGGAUGAGUUCUAUGUUUUCUACUACUGUUGUUGGCAGAGCAAAUGGUUUUUCAGGUGGUUGGGGUAACCUUGGUGGAGGAGCUACACAACUCAUCAUGCCACUUGUAUUUUCACUCAUUCAAGAUAAUAUUGGUUCAACAAAAUUCACUGCAUGGAGAAUUGCAUUUUUCAUACCAGCUUUGUUACAAUCUUUGACAGCAUUUUCAAUUUUAAUAUUUGGUCAAGAUUUACCAGAUGGAAAUUUUCAUGGUUUAAAAAAAUCAGGUGAAAAAGCCAAAGAUGAAUUUUCAAAAGUACUUUAUCAUGGUGUGUUAAAUUAUAGAGGUUGGAUUUUAGCUUUAACUUAUGGUUAUUGUUUUGGUGUGGAGUUGACCGUUGACAAUAUCAUAGCUGAAUAUUUUUAUGACAAGUUUAACCUUAAACUUCAUACUGCUGGAAUUAUUGCUGCAAGUUUUGGUUUGGCUAAUGCUUUUUCUAGACCUGGAGGAGGUUUAAUUUCUGAUUUAAUGGCUAAGAGAUUUGGAAUGAGGGGUAGAUUAUGGUGUUUGUGGAUUUGUCAAACUUUGGCUGGUGUUUUUUGUGUGAUUUUGGGACUUGUUGGAAGUUUAAGUGUUUCUAUUGUUGUUAUGAUUAUAUUCUCUGUUUUUGUUCAAGCUGCUUGUGGAAUGACUUUUGGGAUUGUUCCUUUUGUCUCAAGAAGGUCCUUAGGGGUUAUAUCAGGAAUGGCAGGAGGAGGAGGAAACGUUGGAGCAGUAAUAACCCAACUAAUAUUCUUCAAAGGAUCAAGAUUUUCAAAAGAAAGAGGAAUAACACUAAUGGGUGCAAUGAUCAUAAUAUGCACAUUACCAUUAUUCUUAAUUUAUUUUCCACAAUGGGGUGGCAUGUUAUUUGGUCCAUCAUCAUUUAAAAAUGUUUCAGAAGAAGAUUAUUACUUGUCUGAAUGGAACUCAAAAGAAAGAGAAAAAGGGUCUCAUCAUGGUAGCUUGAAAUUUGCUGAUAAUAGUAGAAGUGAAAGAGGUGGAAAAUUGAAUAUUUCAACUAGGCCUUCUGAAGAUACUACACCACCACAAAAUGUUUGAUUUUUUUUUUUCUUUGUAAUUUUGUGUAUGUUUGUUUAUAGCACAAUAAAGUUUCAAUGUCGUUGUUUCUUACAUAUUCACAUGGUUUGAUGGAGUUUGCGGUUUCUUCACUCUCAA